AUGUUGAGGGCUGUGCUCAACUUCAAACCCAAGCCUGGCAUCAAACAGCGAACCCCCAGAUAAACCAAACAAACAGACCAGGGAUCGCAUAGAGGGAGGCGGCGCUGGAAGCGCAUUUCAAAGCAGAAUAACAACACAACCAGAUCUCGACGCCUUGCACUUUGCAAACUCUUUGCAUUUCCACAUUUUAAUGAGCCCUCUAUCUUGUAUGCAACUGUAUCGACAUGUGAGGUUAUUGUCAUAUGAUCAUAAUGACCUGUUUGUAGCAGCAGUGUCCACCCUGUGGUUGCGCUUUGAUGUAGGCCUAGUGGCCGAUCAGAGAUCAGAUUACAUGCUUUAGAUCGCAGCUAUUCCUGCCUUUGAUCUCCGCUCUGAUUUUGUCUUCAAUCCUGGGAUUCGCCUGGACUGGAGUAGCGCAGUUGAGCAAAGAGCACAUCGCAUGGCUGGAAUGGUCUGGAGACCUAUGCAGAACGCACAGGAGUGGAUAUCUGUCUGAAAUUACACUCAUUCAGGCAGGGAAAGGACAACUAAAGAACCCAUCAGACUACAGCAGCACAUACCAGAGUCAUUCUGCAGUAGCCCCUCAAAAUGGCCUUGAUACCUGGGCACACAUGGUUAUUUCUACUGACGUUACAUGUAAUAUACUCAUCUCUGGUUCCUGUAACGGCGGAGGAGGAGACCAGUGAAUGCAGGGAACAGGAGUACAAGGAUCAGCUUGGGAACUGUAAACCCUGCAAGCAGUGCGACGCCGGGCACGAGCUAUCAAAGGAAUGUGGCUUUGGUUACGGAGAGGAUGCCCGGUGCGUGUCCUGCAGAAGCAACCGCUACAAAGAGGACCGGAGCCUGCAGAAGUGCAAGCCCUGCCUGGACUGUGGCCUGAACAACCGCUUCGAGAAGGGCAACUGUUCCACCACCAGCAAUGCUGUGUGCGGAGACUGUCUGCCCGGGUUUUACAGGAAAACUAAGCUGAGCGGAUUCCAAGAUAUGGAGUGCAUACCAUGUGGGGACCAUCCACCUCCAUAUGAACCACACUGCAGCGUGCGGGUGAACCUGGUCCCCAUCCCCCCGGUGGUGACCAGCCCUCGGGACAUGGCCCUGGCAGCAGUCAUCUGCAGCGCUCUGGCCACCGUGCUGCUGGCCCUACUCAUCCUCUGUGUCAUCUACUUCAAGAGACAGCUGCUGGAGAAGAAGCCCAGCGCAUCUCUAAGGUCCCAGGAUGGUCCAUACAGUGGAGCAGAGUUGUCGUGCCUGGACCGACGGAGGCUCCAUGAUUUCCCUCAGCACCCAUGCUGCCAAUGUCACCACGGGCCAGGCCACACCUGUGGUCCAGUGCACCUGAUCCCCUCCCUGUGCUGUGAUGAAAGCUGCAGUUUGGGCCGAAGCAGAGACACCAGCCCCUUCCAGUCCCAGAUCAGCCUUAACGAGGGAUGUGGCGUGAACCCCUGUGAGGAGAAUGUUCUGGCCUAUCUGAAAGCCCAUCCAGAGCCCUGCAUCUCCAGAGAGGCUGGCGAGACAUGGCUGCUCAUGCAGAACCCCGACUGUGCCGAGAGCUUGGGAUCACCCUGCUGCAACCGAGAGGAAGACGAGGAAGAAGAGGAGGAGGGGUGCAGGUCAAGUGAGGACACACAGGAGAAAUCAACUGAACAGGCUAGACAGAGCCAGGAGAAGACUGGUGCCUUGACAGAGGUCCUCCUUCCAAAGCAUCAGCCAUCUUCACUGGAAGGAUGACAUGCAUUUAUUUGGCUCGUGUUCCACCCUUGAACCGCCCUGGACCUGAAAGCAGUCCAGAAAGAUCCCGUUUCAGAUUACACUAGCCCACAGACCAAUUCCCAAAAAGUGUGUGGUACACAAUCUCUUUCAAGCGGUUUGUGACCCACAACCUUUCGUCACACAUCUGAAGGGACUAUGUACAGUGCUAUGAAAAAGUAUUUUCCCCCUUUCUAAUUUUGCAUAUUUUUUAUACUAAAUGUUAUCAGAUCUUCAACCAAAACCCAAUAUUAGAUAAAGGGAACCUAAGUGAACAAAUAACACAGCAAUCCCAUACUUAUUUCAUAAAUAAAGUUAUGCAACACCCAAUGCCCCUGUGUACAGCAAAGCAUCCCCAAACUAUCACACUACCUCCACCAUGCUUGACCGUUGGUAUAAGGUUCUUACUGUGAAAUGCAGUGUUUGGUUUUUGCC